AUGCAAUCACUACUCACGUUUUUGUUCACAUUCCUUCUUUUGCCCAUUUUGGGUUCCACUCAAAUCACUGAUGAUGAUGGAUACACGGGCUAUAAGCUUGACAUCAGACAAGAUGGCGAUCCGCUAGCGGUCCUCUACGACACUGAGAACACGAACAACAAUGUUUCGGCCUUGGUCCCUGAGCCUGAUGUGUUCCUGAAUGCUUCAGUGCACGUCGGUGAGAUCCACAUUGAGGUGCAAAACCUCACCGCAAAAAUCAACCUCGACGCCCAAGUCUUGCAAUUGCUCUCCUUUAAUGCUGGUGUUGACCUGUCCAUCGACAGGGUGAACCUGCUCAUUCAGAAUGUCACCGCAAAAGUGCUGCUUGAAGCGCGUCUCGCCAACCUCGUCCUCAUGAUCAACGACACCCUCAGCUCCAUCGACCUGAAUCCCAUCAUCGCCGAGCUUGGUAACGGCCUCGGCACCAUCAUCAACUCGACCACCGGCCUCAUCGGCGAUGUCACCGGAUCUGGCUCCUCAAACACCAAGCGCAGCGAACUCGACAUCCAGCAGUUCCAGCUCGCUAACAACAUACUCUACUCCAUUGACGACUACAGCGGUAACACGCACACAAACCGCAUUCUCGCACAGAACGGCGACCUCGUAGACCAGAAGCUGGAUAACAGCGGAACCGUCUCCAGCAGCAAGGUUGUAGGCAACUACCUGCAGAAUAUGCGAUUCAAUGGGUUCAAUGAGAGCGUGACGUUCGAGGGCCAGGAGGUCUGGGAGGAGGAGUACAUGUACGAGCCUUACACGGGCUUGAUUGCCAUCAGCGGCGUCUUCAAGAGCAAGAGCACGGGACAGGUCGUAGGGACGCAGCUGAUUGCUGAGGCAAGGGGCGGCGGCUCGGCGACGAUUGCGUCGAAGGAGCAGACAGGCGCGUGA